AUGCGUCAUGCGGCAUUGUCUUUCAUACCUUCAGUCCUUCUGUCAUCGGCAUUCGCCAUCAACAUUCCCUUUCGCAAGGUACAUACGAGAAGUAGCACCAGGGGAUUGCAUUCUAUCAAUGUAACCAGGCUCUCGGAGAGUGGUAACGUAUCUGUGUUUGAGAACAUCGACAACAUACGAUAUGUAGGUGAUAUUGCGCUUGCGGGAGAUACUUUUGAGGUGAUCCUGGACACUGGCAGCAAUGAUUUUUGGAUAUACGAAAGCGAGCCACUUUCUCAGUAUUACAAUACAUCAAUUAAGGCAGCCGACACCUAUGGCCCAUCAAAUGAGCAAUCGAAAACAGCAGGUUAUGUCAUCCUCGCGGAUGUCGUUUUUGGAGGCUUCAACAUUCAAAAUCAGUCUCUUAUCAAAGAGCUGAGCGUUUCCAGCGGUAUUCUUAAUCCAGGUGUCAGUGGUGUCGUUGGGUUGGGUCCUCCGACAGGUUAUAGUUCUAUAAUUCGCAGUCUCACUCAUGCGAACUCGACCAUCAAUGGUACUGGGCCUAUGGAGAAUAUAUUCUUGCACAAUCCCGACAUGGAGCCCCAGUUUACGAUCUUGAUGUCUCGCAACGACGAUACUAAUGUUACAGCUGGCGGUAGCUUCACUAUUGGCGAACCAAUCUCGGAGUACGCAGCAGUCACGCAGCAGCCAGUGCUUCCUCUCUUGACUAAUGCCACCCAUAAUAUCGGGCUGGAUUACUGGACGAUACAUGUCGAUGCAAUCACAAUCAAUGGGAAGCGUUAUGAUACUAGUCCGAGUGGCACUCAGAAUAUUAGCGCGUUUCUGGAUACCGGUACCCCGACUGCCCUGGUGGAUCCGAUGUUCGUCGAUGCGAUUUAUGGCAGUAGCCUGCAAACGACCGAGGACGGUACUCUGUCUUUCAUCCCAUGUGAUACAUAUUACAAUGUCAGCAUUGAGUUAGGAGGUGUCGAAUAUCCCUUGAAUCCCCUGGACAUGAUCUGGCCGUGGGAUAUAGACGAAAAUGGCAACGCGAUCUGCGUCGGCGCGUUACAACGCAAUACCUACUUAGGGAUGCCAAAAGGAACAUGGAUCCUUGGCGAUACAUUCCUUAGGAAUGUAUAUUCCUUGUUCAAUAUGAAUCUAUGGAACAAGUCUGGUGGUAUCAGUGUCCCGUUUGUUCAGCUUUUGAGUCUCACUAAUGCAACUGAGGCACACAUCCAAUUCACUUCCCAGAACGCUGCACGUAUGGCUGCGUUUCAGACAUCUGAAAGGGAGGUGUCAGGCUUUACCCCAGUCAAGGCUGGGCCAAACAUUGUUGAAGUCAUCAUAAUCAUGUCGAGCAUAGGAGUGUUAUUGCUCAUCGCCGCGAUUGUGUGGGCUGUGAAGGUGAUUCGCCGGCGCAGGGCUUUGCGAUUAGGAAAGUAUGCAGCUGUCGGGACGCCUGGGGACAUUCCACAAUACGAACCUCCAUCAUAUAGGCAGUACGGGGGAUCCGAAUCAUAA